CUUUCUUGUAGGGCUCUAUCUCUUGAAUGACAAAAAAAGUUGGUAAAUUGCCAACAAGCGGGCUAAAGAAGCCGAAGAGGUCUAGAAGUGAACCGGUCCAGUUCACCGUCAAAACCAACCAGAAAUUGGCCGCCCGCCCAUUUUGAUGCGCACUUCACACCAAUCGCUUCAUAACUGAAAACAAACUUUAACAAAAUCUUUGGCCUUAUUCCCCAUUCUCUUGAAAUAAUACCCCAAAAUCUCAAUCAAUUCUCAACUCAACCCCACCCCGAAAAAACCCUAAUGUUUUCGUCAUGGAUUUCUUCAAAUCAGUUUUUGCAGACGAUCCAGAUCCUCCUGAACCCCAAAACGAAUCCGAUUCCCCCAAAGCCGUAGACUCCAGUCACUCUAUCCUCGAUUGCUCUGCUAAACAGCCCUACCCCAACCCUAACCCUAUUACUACCGGAUGGAGCUUCGGUGGUCUGAUCAAAACGAUAGCAACCAGAUCCGAAUCCGUAAUUGAAACCUACCGUCGUGAUCUUCAUGAAUUCGGCUCGGGUCUAAAAAAAGAAAUCGAGGUAGCCCAGGGCUCGUUAGAGAACAUAGGGCACGCCAUUGAUGAAUUCGGGAAUACUGUUUUAAAAGGAACGGCUCAGAUCAUCAAUCAAGGCAAAGAUGCAAUCCUAGCCGCCGAUAACGAAUCCGAUUCGUCUUCAUCCGAAAGCAAUAGCAAAGGUUUUAGUACUCAACGAAGCUUGAACUCGAAAAGUUACAGUCGAUUCGAUGCUCAAGUAAGGGCAAUUCAAGGAGAUAUUAAUACUUACAGUGAAGAGCCAGAGGAUUUGGAGGAUUAUAAGAAGUGGAAAUCAGGGUUUGGUUUGGAAGAGAAAAAGGAAGAGAUUGAGAGAUUGAUGGCAGAGAAUGGGGAAAUGGGGAAUCUUUAUAAAAGGGUUGUUGGUGUUUCAAAUGGGGUUGGUCAUGAGACAUUUUGGUGUAGGUAUUUUUAUAGGGUUUUUAAGCUUAAGCAAGCUGAGGAUAUGAGGGUUAAGCUUGUUAAGAGAGCUAUUUCAAAGGAAGAAGAUGAGGAGUUGAGUUGGGAUGUUGAUGAGGAUGAGGAGGAAGAGGUGGAUGAGAGAAAUGUGGGGUCGAACGCAAGUUUAAAGAAAGAAGAAGACGUGGGGAGGAAAGAAAAAGAUGAAAUUGUGGAAGAAAAGGUGGUGAAUUUGGAAUCUAAAGGUGAUUUUUCAGAGAAUAAGGAGCAAGUUGAGAGGGAAAAGGAAAAGAAUCCUGUUCAGGAAAUGCUAGUGAAGAACUAUGAUUCAGAUCAAGAUGGGAAGGGAAAUGCUGAUAAAUCAUGUGACGGCAAUGUGGUGACCGAGAAAGUUAAUUUGGAGAAGGAUGAGGGGGUAUGCAAGGAAAAUCCAGUGUCGAAAUCUGUUGAGAAAGUAGCUUCUGAAAGGAAAGGUGACCAUGAGGAGUCUAGUAAUGGCAACGUUAAAGACAGUGACUUUUCAGUUGUGUCAAGCCAUCCAUCAAUGCCUGAGGAGGACGAUCUUGGGUGGGAUGAAAUUGAAGAUCUCAGCAGCAUUGAUGAUGAUAAGAAAAGGACUCAUAGUGGAAGCCCGAGCUCAAAUAGAGCUGAUCUGAGAAAGCGACUGAGUACUGCAGAAGAAGAUAAGGAUUUGAGCUGGGAUAUUGAAGAUAAUGAUGAACCGGUUAAAGCUUGAUGAAAAAUGUUAGAGUUCCAUUUGAAAAUGUUUGAAGUUUAUUACUCAUAUAGAAUUCAAUUGCAUUCUACUGUUUCUUUUAUGUAGUGUUUCUAAUAUAUGUACCCUUCAAGUGUUAUAUAAGGGGGAGAAUUUCCUUUUCGUUUGAGAUGUAAAUAUCUUCUAUGAUUUGUGUACCUUUUAACACUUCAUUGAAAUGAAAUUGAAGAAGCUAUGUUCUUA